CAUCUGACCUGACCUGACCUUGAGGGUUGUACGGCAAUAUGGGUUCGAUAUUUUUUAGACCCAAACGUAAGACUUUGGUUACUGAGCAGGAUAGAGCCGUCCUCCAGUUAAAGCAUCAGCGGGAUAGACUUGCUCAAUAUACUAAAAGGAUUGAAAGGCAGUUAGAAAGGGAACUGCUGGUUGCCAAGCGUCUUAUUAGCAGCGGGAAAAAGGAGAAGGCGCUUCUUCUACUGAGAAAAAAGAGAUGCCUAGAAAAACUGUUGGACCAAGCAGGCCACCACCUCACAACGAUAGAACAACUGGUCCAAGACAUUGAGUUUGCACAGAUCCAGGUGGACGUUAUGGAUAAGCUGAAAGUUGGCAAUCAGGCUUUGAAGGAGAUCCACCAAAUCAUGUCCUUAGAGGAUGUGGAGCGCAUCAUGGAGGAUAGUCGGGAGUCCCAGCUUUAUCAGAAGGAAAUUGAUGAUAUUAUCUCCGGUUCCAUGACCCCAACUGACACUCAAGCAGCUGAAGCCGAGCUAGAAGAGCUUCUAUUGUCACUGGAAGAGCGAAUUCCGAGUGUCCCAGAUCAUGAGAUUGAUGAUAUUACCCAGAGAGAGCGAGAAAAAAUCAUCGGAAGGCGCCAUCCAGCUCGCACCGCCGUGGGUGCAUCAUAACCGGUUGUUCAGAGAUACCCUCCGGUUUGAUUGAACACUUAUAUCCACAUGCAGUGGGCUAACCCAUGUCUUUCAUCCUCCGGUUUACAUACGUUACUUUUUUGAGCUGUUGUAUAUUCUCAUGAAUAAAAUUCUGCGCUCUUAUUAC